GAAACUCCAGGGUAGAUGAGUGGAGGCAAUAUUGAUUUGGACACUAUAUCAACGAUUUUAAAUAAACCAAGCUCCCAGAGAUCACACAAGGAUAAUGAGAAAACAGCAUCAGUGAUUCGAAAUCUUAAAUUUAUAAAGGAGCAAAACAUGCCUGAUAAAUAACCUCCUUGACUUAGCCCAGUGCAUGGACCUCCUUGAGAUUAAAGAGGGAGACCUAGUCUUUGACUAUGGCACUGAGGGAGAUUUGUUUUAUAUCAUCCUUUCAGGUGUAGUUUCUAUCUUAAUUCCAGAUAAGAAGAGUGGAGAACGGACGAGAAAACUUAGCAUAUUCGAGCAGACCCAGCUGGGCCAACAGGCUUUACUAGAGCUGUUAAACUUCUUUGAAAUUGCCAAACUAGUGGCUGGCUCAAGCUUCGGAGAGCUUGCUCUCCUUAACACAGGAGAUGGCAAACGUAAAGCUCGGAUUAUUUGUAAGGAAGAUUGUAAAUUUGCAACUGUAAAUAAGGAGAACUAUCAGAAAGUGCUGGCUAGAAUCCAACAGCAGCACAAAGAUGCCAUGAUUAAGUUCCUCAAGCAGAUCCCGUUUAUCUCCCACUGGUCGAAGAAUGCUCUCAGCAAGCUAUACUAUGCCGUUGAGAAAAUAGACACGUUCAGAGGCCAGAAGAUCAUUGAAGAAGGAAAUGAAGUAGAAUACGUGUAUAUUGUCAAAGAAGGCGAAUUUGAAAUCCAUAAAUACCUUGGCAAGGAUGAUGAAGAGGAAAAAUAACCAAAAUGAAGAAAAGAACCUGAUUAGACCCCUUCUGAAGCAUGAGGACCUUAAGCGAUGUAGGGCUAAGAAGCUCACUACUGAGUGGCAUAAUCCUAGCAGGGUUAAGAGAAAAAUCCGCCUAUCCAAUUUGGGAGAAUGCAAGCUGUUUUGAGAUGGGGAUGCUAGAUUUGAUCGAAAAUCGUCAGUUACUGUUAUUACUAGUAGCCAAGAAGCGCAAAUCUUGAGGAUCAAAAAAUGAGAAUUUAUGAAGUACAUGAAGAAUGAUGAAGAAGCAUGGAAUAGAUUUACUGAGAACUGUAUCUCAAAAGAGAAGGAGUACGGGUUUAGGAUAAAGACUUAUUUAACACACAUGAAACAUAAGAAAAUAGCCGUGAAUUCUUUGAAAAAUAAAAUAAAAUAGAGCCGAUAGAAGCCCAGAUGAAAUAGAUGUGAGGCAUUCAUUUAGUGUCGCAGUUAAUAAAAUGAACCAGAAAACUAUCAGGGAGGAUUAUCAGACUCAACGGUCAGAGGUCAGAAAGCAAGAUUCUCACCUUACUCUCAAAAGAACCUUGCAUAACCAAAGUAUUCAGAGUAUUAUUGGCAAACCACAGACAGAGAAUAAUUUGAGCAUGAAGAAGCAGCUUGAUUCUUAUUUAGCAAAUAGUCCUUCAAGACAGAGAAGGAGGAUUAUUAAGUUGAAUCCUGUUUAUCAAGCAAAAUAUGUUUCAAAGCCAAAGGCCAAGAAGAAUUUGAACAUUAGCUUGAAUUAUUCAAAUGAUAAAAUACCCAGGUUUGAUAACUCUUUCCUCCCAAAGAUCUCAGUAAACAAGAAUAAGCCUUUAAAGAGAAACACCUUGAUACCAACAUCAAAAGAAAGAAACUUGAAUAAUGUGAAAAAACGAGGCUCUUGUUUGACUACAAUUAGAGAUGCUCGUUUCUUGAUGGGAGCAUACCCAACUGAUAUUUAAUUAUUCUCAAUAACCCAUUUACAAAA